AUUUCCAUUGUUGUCUUGGUAGUGUGUGGCUUAUGGUGUUUAAUCGUACUUCAAUCAUAACGGGCAGAUGAUCACUUCCCCAGUAAGGUCCUGUCGCGAUAGAUGUGUUGGUUGCAAUGUUGGGGGUGCAUAGAGUUAGAUCGAUUGUUGCGCAUCGGUUACUUGUCAAGCAUGUCUUGUACCGAGAUUCUUUGGUGUUGCUAGUAUAAAUUUAUCAUCGCUGAGUAAAUAUUGCUUCAAGUUUCUUCCAGAAGUGUUUGAGUGGUAUCCGUCUUCCCAUAGAUCAGCAUGGGCGUUGAGAUCGCCCCCAACGAUGGCGCUAUUCCCAGUGUAGGUCUUCAUGUGUUGGGACAUCUAUUGCUGUGGCUUGGACGUUCUUCUUGGUUCCUUGGUUACUUGUGCUGUACUGGAAUGGAUUCUGCCGGCUUCUGUUACCGAGAGGUUGUGAUCGUAAGCGUACUUAAUUAUUUUUUGUUUGUUAGCAAAUAUAGGGCAUUUUGCUGUUCCUGCUGCAUGGUCAGAUUUGCAGCAAGUCGGACAUUUUGGUGGAUCUGUGCAUUGGCUGUACGUGUCGUGGGCGCUGGAGCAGGAUCUGCAAGCUGUAUCGUUGGGGCAUAUUUCUUCCGGGUGACCAAAUUUCCAGCAUUUCCGGCAUAAGGACGGUCUAGGUAUGUAUCUUUUCACCGUGAAAAUUUCGUGGGCAAUGGUGACUUCGCGUGGUAGCGUACUGAUGCUGAAGUACAGUGUGACCAGAGGUAAGUUAGUUAGUGUGUUGUUUGUGUCACGAGAUGUAAACCUUUCACUUUAAUUACACUUUGGUCAGAUAAUAACUCUAAUAGUUCUUCUUCACUGUUGUUUGUCGGAACAUUAUAUAUCACACCUCUAACUUCUUGUUCGGAUUUGCAGAGCGAGCACGAGAUUGCAUGUUCGUUCACUAGUUUCGUGUUGAGUAGGGUGGUUUUCUGUAUAUGUGUGGAUGGGUAGAUGUACAGCUCUCCACGUUGAGUCCAUUUCGUUCCCGGUCUUACUUGGCCUAUUGCGUCGAUGAGUGCUGUAAUGAAGUUCUUCUUCGCAGUGAGGUUCAUUGCUCGAAACGAGUAUGGUUCCUCAGCUAGCUUAAUGAUUACCGGGGCUCCGCUUGUUGAAUUGCUUGGAUGGUAUGGGAAAUUGGGAUUUGGUCUUGCGUUGUGUCUUAGAGUGUUUUUUCUCUUCAGGUGUGUCAUCGGGGUGGCAAUAUCGUCGAUGGACUCGGAUUCGCAGGUGGAGCUGGACGUCCCCUCGUAGUCCUCGUUGUCCUCCAUGGUAC